AUGGCCCCCCUGGCUCAGACCCUGGCUCUGCUGGCAAUGGUUCUGCCAUCCACGGCCAUCAGGGUAUUUCCCCUGGACAUGGCCCCGAACUCCUUUGAUGACCAGUACCUGAACUGCGGCCCCGCCAUGGCUGGGGAGUUGUCGGCCCUCAACAGCUCUGAGUUCCAGCAGAACAAGAACUUUUCCCAGGUCUGGGUGAAGGCCACGGCCGAGUGGCAGGAGCGGGGCUCCGAUUCAUCCCCUCUGUCCCAGGCUGAGGCCAUCGCCCUCAUGGCCUACACCAUGGAGGACGUGUACCGGGAGUUCAACGCUGCCGUGCGCGAGGCUGGAAAAUCCAGCCAGGAAUACCGGGACAACUUCCACUUCAAAACGCUGCAUUUCCUGCUGACCCAGGCCCUGCAGAAGCUGAGACACCCUGGUAAGUGUGAGGAUGUGUUCCGGGGGGUGAAAGACACCCAGUUCACUGUGAAAGCCGGCGAGAAAGUCCGCUUCGGUGGGAGCCUCCCCGGGAACUCCCCCCACCUCGGGGGACUCCUUCUGGCCACCGUGGCCAUGGUGGUGGCCAUUGGAACCCUCUAA